AUGGGACCUAGCAGAUGCGUCUGGGAAGGUUGGACCUUGCAGAGCGAGGUCCUGAUGCGAGAGGUGGGCACCUGGCUCCUGACCUGCACCUGCAUCUGCGCCUGGGUCGGCUUGGGCGUCUCUGUCCCAGGGGACGGAGGAGGGCCUGGGACUUUCACGUGCCAUACCAACAACAUCCUCAGGAUUGACUGCCACUGGUCUGCCCCAGAGCUGGGCCAGGGGACCGGCCCCUGGCUGCUCUUCACCAGCAACCACGCUCCAGGCAGCAAGCACAGGUGCAUCUUCCGGGCCAGCGUGUGCACAGUGGAGCUGCCACCCGAGGAGGUGCUCGUGCCUUCUGACAACUUCACCAUCACCUUCCACCGUCAGGUCUCUGGGAAGGAGCAGGUCAGCCUGGUGGAUCCACAGUACCUGCCCCGGAGACAUGUGAAGCUGGACCCUCCCUCUGACUUGCUGAGCAACAUGAGUUCUGACCACUGCGUCCUGAUCUGGAGCAUCAGUCCUGCCUUGGAGCCACUGGCCUCACUCCUCAGCUACGAGCUGGCCUUCAAGAGGCAGGAGGAGACCUGGGAGCGGGCUCGGCACAAGGAUCACAUCAUUGGGGUGACCUGGCUGAAACUUGAAGCCACUGAAUUGGAGCCUGGUUCCACCUAUGAGGCCCGGCUGCGUGUCCAGAUGGCCACACCAGAGGACGCGGUGGCAGAGGAGGAGCGCUACGAGGGCCCAUGGAGUGACUGGAGCCAGCCCGCCCACUUCCACUCCCCCCAGAGACAAGGUCUCCUGGUCCCAGCUUUGGGGCAGCGUGACAGCACCCUGGUCUCUGUGUCCAUCUUUCUCCUGCUGACCGGCCUGACCUACCUGCUGUUCAAGCUAUCACCCAGGAUGAAGACAGCCUUGUACCAGGAUGUGCCAUCCCCAGGCCCGUUCUUCCAGUCCCUGUACAGUGUGCACAACGGGGACUUCCAGACCUGGAUAGGGGCCCACAGAGCUGGUCCACAGCCAAGCCCGGACUGCACGGGCCCCGCACAAGGAGCCUGGGAGACCCGUGUCCGGGAGGCCAUCGCUUUGCUCACCUAUGACCCGGUGGAUGUGGGGCCGUUAGCGGGCCUGGAGGAGGAGGGGAGCACUGGCACCGGCCUCCCAGCAGAUGUGCUGCCCACAGGAUGUGUGGAGUGGGGGGGGCCGCCGCCCGCCUACCUGCCACAGGAGGCCUGGGCCCCCGCAGGCCCUACCAGGCUGGCUCCCCCGCAGUCCCAGGGCAGCAGCAGCGACUACUGUGCCCUGGGCUGCUCCAGGUGGGGCUGCCCCUCCACCUUCACAGGAAGCGCGCAGAGCUCUGAGCCCGACCCUGCCUUGGCCUGUGGCCCUUUCUGUGACCAGCAGAGCCUGGGUGCCCGGCCAGGAGGGGGCGCGCAACCCACCCGGCUGACCCCGCCGUGCGUGCGAGUUCCGCCCCCGGACUUCGGUUUGCGGCCGGCUGGCGGGAGCUCGGCCUCCUCGGGACCCGCCAGGGCUUCGGGACAACGCGGGGCCGUGUCCUCGCUGACAGGAGUCCAGUCUCCUCAGGACCUGCCCGGAGCUUCAGGACAACACGGGGCUGCGUCCACGCUGACGGGAGCUGGGUUUCCUGACGACCCAGGCGACGCCGGGAGGAGAAGCUCUGGCCCGGCCCUCAAGAGAUUCCUCACUCCCCGGAGGGAAGGGCUGACUGCCCACUUGGCCGCCCUCUCGCCUCUGCCUGUCCGUCUGUCCUCCCUGAGUCAGGACACCAUGUCCUCCGUGAGGCUCCUGGCUUCCGGCCUUGGGGCCCCACCCCCAUGA